ACAGCCAACGUGCAAACGUCACGAGAGACAGUUUUAGCUCAACGACGCCUAACCAGUUGCAAUGGGUGGAUAUCUUUCCAGACUUCUAUACGGAGAUGACACUGCAGAAGGCGCUAGCACACGCCAUGAAUGGAAUGAGGAGGAAGCUGCAGGCAAUCGUGCAUGGAAUCCGUAUGACAUCAUACUAUCGUGCAAACUUGGCGAUCUGUGUGACGAUGAAGCAAGUCAGAAGAGAGGUUCACCCGGUCAGUGGACGUGCACAUUCAAUCCAUCGCAAGAUCUUCCCUUUCCAAUGGACGAAUGGGCAGGACACGUCGUUGGCAUCUUGGGUCAGUACAACAGAGGCAAGACGUGGAUCAUGAGUCGUUUGAGUAACUGCCAGCUAGCCAAGGAAGGUAUGACAGUUAGAACGGAAGGCAUCAGUCUCAAGUGGGUCGAAACGACAGGAGACGACGAAGGCGACCGAGAGCCUGACAAGUUCCACCAUCUUGUUAUCGAUACUGCCGGUUUCAAUACACCCAUAACUCUAUCAGGAGUGCAAACCGCUAAUCAGGGCGGAUGUGAACUCAACAAACCGAGCGAGCCUGGUGAUGCACAAGCGGCGGCCGGUGACAACACCGACAACAAAAGACUGGAUGCAGCCAACAGUCUGAUGCAAGAAACAGAACAAUAUGAGCAAUUCCUUCAAAGCAUGACGUUUGCUCUCUCUGACUACCUCAUCGUCGUAUUGCACGAGACGACCUUGUCAGAUCAGAGGUUUCUCAUCCAAGUGGUUCGCAAGUGGAAAGAAUGCUCGCAAGAUGGCAGAUGCAAAGAAAUUUUCGUGCUACACAACUUCAGGGACAUGCAAGAUCCUAAGGAGAGGGAAAAACUGUUUGCGCAAUGCACAGAAGACAUUCUCGACGGUCGCAAGGGCAAAAGGAAAGGCGUUUCCUGGUUUACUUGUCCUACUCUGCGUACCCGCCAUGUUUGUCUGAUGAACGACGACACACACUGGAAAUAUAAUGAUUCCGUCUUUGACGUCGUCAAAGAGUGGAUUCAUAACAUCCUUCCAAAGCCACAAUUCCCUUACACUCCAGAAAAGCUUGCCCGUCAAUUUGCUAAGUGCAGUACGCAGCUGCUGAGGGAGAGGGGAUUUCUUGUGAACGUGAAAGAGAUUCGGCAUAAGGAAGACAACGGGAAAAUGAUCUAUACCGCAGUCAAGUCAGAGGAGCACUUGCCAGUGGCACAGCUGCGGUCUGAUGACGACAAAUUUUACUCUCCGCUUCUUGGUUUCCGGCCAGCAUACUCAAUACGUAACUAUCGAUCUGAAGCCGGUUCCGAUUGCAAGUUGAUUAGGAUUGAAGCCCCGGGUGUGGCAAGCAUAAAGGUGAAACCAAACUACAAGCGGUCGAGUGUCGGUCACUGGGCAGUAGAAGUGAGUGGACAAAAAGAACGGGAAGACAGUGUGAACUAUGUGAGAGAGCUAAAAAGCCAAGAAGUGGAAUUCAAUCCUCGCCUAAAACCGACUCCUGAGAAAGUCGACAAACUCAAUAAAAUAGAGCCGGACGCCGACAGCUGCAGAUAUGGGCACUUUUCUGAACUAUUUCAGAUUCCUCUCCAGUUCAAAAAACCACACUUCGUGAAAAUCGGCCCAGAUAACGGUAUCUUUUAUAUUUUGUUUGAAGAAGAGGAAGAACAAGGUGGACAAGAAGUAACGCAAGAAUAAGUAACUAGAGAUUGACAAAGCAAGCCAUGGUCUUCAGCAACGCUCUGCAUACGCCUAUACAGCGUAAGACUCUGCAUAGCCUCUAUCAUUAGUGAUAGGACUCGGUGUUUUAGAUAUCUGUUAAACUCACGGUCAUUAUGUUAUUGAUUGUACUAAUGUCUGAAUAAAGAAGCAGCAGUCAACAGCAUUG